AUGGCGGCGGCGGCCGCCGCCAAUUCCGCCGAAGUCGAGGCAAAGAGGGAGGCGCGCCGGGCGCGCGACGCUGCCGACGCCGCCACGCUUCGCAAGUGGGCCGUGCGAGACGGCCAGGGCAGUCCGUGUGAGCUGAUCGACAUCGGUGCCAACCUCAUCAAAACCAAGGGCGACGGCGCUGUAGAGGAACAGCUCCAGCGGUGUGAGCUGACUGGCGUCGGAGGCGUCAUCGUCACAGGCACCUCGGUCGUGGACAGCCGCCGGGCGCUAAAACUAGUCCGCAGCACUGCCGCGCACGCAGUCAAGCUGUACUGCACCGCCGGCGUGCACCCGCACGACGCGAAGAGCUGUGACGAGGAGACAAUCGGCGUGCUGCGCGAGAUGCUUCAGGCGCCCGAGUGCGUGGCGGUGGGCGAGUGCGGCCUCGACUACGACCGCAUGUUCUCGCGGCGUGAGGUUCAGCUCGAGUGGUUCGAGCGGCAGGCUGUGCUGGCGGUCGAGCAGGGGAUGCCACUAUUCCUGCACGAGCGCGACGUGGACGCAGACAAGGGCGCGCCGCUCGGCAGCGCCGCGGACCUGAUGGGCAUCCUCGACCGAGCGGGCGUCCCUCCCAAGCGGGUCUGCGUGCACUGCUUCACCGGCGGCGAGGAGGUGCUGCGCGCGUAUGUCGACCGUGGUUAUUAUGUCGGCCUCACCGGUUUUGUCGCGAUGGAGCAGCGGGGCGCGCGGGUGCGGGAGUUUCUGCGCGCCGGGCUCUUGCCGCUCGAGCAGCUGAUGCUCGAGACGGACAGCCCCUUCAUGAAGCCCGACAAGGCGUCCCUGCCCAACGUCAGCCGCCUGAAGCGAGGGCCGAAUGAGCCGUGCAACAUGCCUGCCGUGUGCCGCGCGGUCGCAGAGUGCCUGUCUGUGCCGGCGCACGAGGUGGCGGACGCGGUGGCGGCGAACACGAGGACGUUCUUUGGGUUGGGGUCUGGAGUGGGGUAA